UUUAUGUCAAAUUACUCGAAUUCCCGCGUCGAAAAGGUUUAUUUUCUCAUUUAUUGUUAUUAAAUAAUAAAAAUAUUAUAAGCCCGGCUCUAAUUAUGUCUUCGUCGGAAAUAAAUUCCUUUUUAAUGGCACUAGAAGCAGUAAAACAAGACUAUACAUGUCGGGCUUGUAAACAAUUGUGUAAAAAACCGGUUACAUUGAUGUGCUGUUUCCAUUACAUUUGCGAAGUACAUAUUGAUGAAUUAAUAAAAUGCCCUUACUGUGAAAAACCAUUACAAGACAAGCGUAUUUUUAAAGACGAUCGUCUAGAGGCCAGUGUUAAUUCUGCAAUACAAUUGGAUAAAAUGUUUUCAUCUUAUAAAACGGAAACUAGUACAAUAAACGUAUCCAAAGAAAACAGUACUAAAAAAAAUAAAAGCAGAAAUGCUAAAAAACCUGUAACUAAAAGUAAGGAUAAAGAAAACUGUGAAGCAACAUUAAACAAAAAAGUUAUUUCUGAAAAUCCAAACAUGUCAAUUCUAUCAAUCGCUACCAGUUCGAAGUUAACCAAAAAUGCCGAAAAACGUAACAAGAAAGGUGAAACACCAUUACAUGUGUCUUGUCGUUUAGGUAACAUAGAAAGAGUAAAACAAUUACUUGAAGAUGGGGCAAAUUCAAAUACAAAAGAUAAUGCUGGUUGGACACCAUUACACGAAGCUGUUCAAAGUGGGAGACUCGAUUUAGUGAGACUGCUGUUUCAAUAUAAAACCCUGAUCAAUGUACCAGGUCCAGAUAACGAAACACCUUUACAUGAGGCUGUUAGGUACAACCAUAAAGACAUAGUGAAUGAAUUAGUCACUCAUGGAGCUGAUUUGGAUGCUAAGAACAGUAAAGGAGAAACUCCAAUACAAUUAGCUAAUGGUGAAAUGAGAAAAUUAUUAGAGAGAGCUGCAGAAAAUGUUAUCCACACACAAACAGCUGAUGUAUCUCAUAUAUCUACAAUACAAAUGGAACUUGAUUAUGAUGACAUACAAGUUUAUUGCGUCUCUGAAUACAUUACAAUACAAAAAAAGUUAAAAACAUUAGUAAAGCAUCAUAAAAAUAUCCAUAUAGAGACAAAAUUGACAAAUAAAGUGACACAUUUAAUAAUAGACUCGAAUGAAGGCAUUUGUUUACCAACUUUAGAUGUUCUACAAGCUAUAGUCUAUGGUAUUUGGAUUCUAUCCACUGAUUGGAUACUAAAAAGUACUGAAAACAAAUUGGAAACAUUCAUAGAUUAUGAAAUCAAAGGUGUUGGUACAAUAAAUUUUAAUGGGCCCAAAAAAUCUAGAUAUAACAAGUACAAACAACUCCCUGGCCUUUUUAACGGAUGUCAUUUUUAUUUUCAUAACUUUAAUACUAAUUACGAAAUAUCAAAAACACUUAUUCUAAACAAGACUGUAUUGUCUAAAUUGAUAACUGAAGCAGGUGGGGUAGUAUUAAGACGGAUUCCGAACCCAGAAUCAAUACCUGAAACUGAGAAAUUGGUACCAUAUCAUGCUAGAAAGGGUGGAAAAUUAGAAAUAUGUUCACAUUAUAUUAUAUUUAAAGAUAUGUAUGAACCAAUGUAUAACAUGAAACAUUUGAAAGCUCUACCUAUUGGUUGGUUACUGGAAUGUAUUGAAAAAUAUGAAUUAUGUGAACCAGAGUAAUACCAGGUUUUUUUUUUUAAUCUGACCAAAUAGUUCUUUACGGCCAUGAUUUUUUUGUAUCUAUUGCCAUAGUAUUUGAAAUAUCAUAAAAAUCUGACCAAAUAGUUCUUGACAGCAAGGAUUUUUUUUGUAUCUAUUACCAUAGUAUUUGAAAUAUCAUAAAAAUCUGACCAAAUAGUUCUUGACAGCCAGGAUUUUUUUUGUACCUAUUACUAUAGUAUUUGAUAUAUUAUCAUAAAAUACUGACUAAAUAGUUAUUUACGGCCAGGAUUUUUUUUGGUAUUUAAUAUAGUAUUAAAUAUUAUAAAUUUAUACUUUUAAAUGCUGAAACUAUUAAAGUUUUCCGAGCAAUUGGUGCUAACUAAAAGAUAAUAUUAAGAAUGUUUGUGAGAUAAGAAUGUAGAAUGUUAAAUGUGACAAUGUACAGUGAAACUUUUGUUUGUAAAGUUUUUAUAUAAUAGAGACUUGGUCUACCUUUACUUAGAUGGAUCAAGAAUAAUUAUUUGUUUAAUAUAAGACAUUUUAUUAAAAACAUUAGAUCUUAAAUGCAAGUGGAAUUGUAUUCUUUAUUUAAUAAAGUACAUUUUUUUUUUUAA